AUGGCCGAGAUCAAGGAUAAAAAAGUUAAUGACUUGCUCGCGUGGAUGCAGUAUCUGGAUACGUUACUGCUGGAUGCCACAUAUAUUUCCCCCAAACUUGAAAUCCAAGCCACCGAGUACGCCGGGAGGGGUAUUUUCGCCAAUGCAGCGAUCAGAUCCAACGAAAAGCUUAUCCAGGUGCCCCAUUCCCUCUUAUUGAACCAUUCCACCAUCAUUGCACACAUUCUUCUGCAUGACUCCCAGGAUGCUGCCAAGAGCAGAGUUCUUCACAAGUAUCACAAGCUCCAGCCACCCUCCACCGAGCCAGAAAACAGCUGCCUCAUUGAGGUAUACAAGUCCUUAUCCUACGAGGAAUUACUUACCCUCACAUCCUUCCAGAUCAUGGCCAUGUACCUCACGGUCGAAAGGGGUAGAGGGAGUGCCUCGUUCUGGAAACCGUUUAUCGACUGCUUGCCUGAAAUGGACGACUUCAAACUCGUUCCAUUUAUCUGGAGCUUGGAAACACUGGCACACACGGGAGAUCAGCUCCGCCACGCUAAAGAGCUCUUCCACAACUUGCCUCCGUCUACCCAGAAACACGCUUGCAAGAUGCGAGACAAGUUUGACGCAGACUACAAAACCGUGAGCGAGCUAAUCGAAACCCAGCUUGUUAAACUAAAUACGUCAGAAACAGUACAGAGCUUCUUGCCGGUGUCAGACUUUUUGUGGGCCUGGAUGUGCAUCAACUCGCGUUGCUUGUACAUGACUAUCCCCGAGUCCAAAUCUACAGAGUCCAACUUCACCAUGUGCCCAUACGUGGACUUUAUCAAUCACUGCUCGCAGGGCCAGUGCAUCUUGGACAUCCACCCCAUCACCGGGUUCUCCGUGCUCACCGGCUCCGACGUGACAUACAGCAAGAACUGCGAAAUCUACCUCAGUUACGGGCCCCACUCCAACGAGUUUCUCUUAUGCGAAUAUGGGUUCAAGUUGCUCGAGAAUGAAUGGAACGACUUGGACAUCACCAGCCAGCUCACCAGCAAGUUGACCGCCGCCCAGAAGACAUUUCUUGGGGACAAACACUACUUGGGUGAGUACACGUUGAAUGCACAGGAGAUCUCGUUCCGCACCGAGGUGUGCCUUGCAGUGCUCCAGUACGACGUGGCAAACGAUCCUCGAAUUGAUCUCUGGAAGGACAGACGGUUGAAGUGUCUUCUCGACGGGGUCAGCGAUGGUGCGGUAUUCAAACCAAAGUCGAAUCUCAUGAUCAAAGAGAUUUUGAUGGAUGUGUUGGACGAGAGUCGCGCGCGGUUGCAGCAUUGUUUGCUGGAGAUGGAGCGCGAUGAUGUCUUUAACGCACGGAAGCGUGUCGCGGAGGACCUAAACAGAGAGGUGGUGGACAUGUGUAAGUUGCAUCUCAAUAAGCUUGAAUAG